UAAAAUUGCCUGUAUACUUUCCCCUUCAAACUAAAGUGGAACUCGAUCGCUUAAACAACCCAAAGGGAAGGAACAAACCCUCAGUUUCUUCAAUCACCAACUCAAAUCUCAAUUAAUCAUGAAUUCCGACGAAGAAGAGUGGAUUCCAUUGUCACAAAGACCCGAAUGGUCUGAUGUAAAACCAUUGCCCCAAAAUGAUGGGCCGAGCCCGGUGGUUCCCAUCUCAUACACUGAAGAGUUCAGAGAAACAAUGGAUUACUUUCGGGCUGUUUAUAUCUCGGAUGAACGUUCUUCUCGAUCCCUUCAACUUACUUCUGAAGCUAUAUGCUUAAAUGCCGGCAAUUAUACUGUUUGGCAUUUCAGGCGCCUUGUUCUUGAAUCACUUAAUGCUGAUUUGUACAAGGAAUUGGAUUAUGUUGACAAUGUUGCCAAGAAGAAUUCAAAAAAUUACCAGAUUUGGCAUCAUAGGCGGUGGCUUGCAGAGAAACUUGGAGCGGAGGCUACUAUUAAAGAACUUGAAUUUACAAAGAAAAUACUUUCUCUUGAUGCAAAAAAUUACCAUGCCUGGUCCCAUAGACAGUGGGUCCUUCAAACAUUAGGUGGUUGGGAAGAUGAACUUGAGUACUGUGAUUUGCUCCUUAAGGAGGACAUCUUCAACAACUCUGCUUGGAAUCAGAGGCAUUUUGUUGUCACAAGAUCUCCUUUAUUGGGAGGCAUAGAGGCUAUGAGAGACUCUGAAGUGGACUACACUAUUGAAGCCAUUUUAAGCCAUCCCGAGAAUGAAAGUCCAUGGCGCUACCUUCGUGGCUUGUACAAAAAUGACCUAAACAUAUGGGUUAAUGAUCCUCGAGUCUCUUCUGUAUGUCUGAAAGUCUUGAUCAGCAAAAGUAGAUGUAUAUUUGCCUUGAGCAGUCUUUUAGACCUCAUCGGCCAUGGUCUCCAACCAAGCCCCGAGCUCCACGAAGCAGUUAAAGCUCUACAGAGUUCUGAUGCAGGACCAAGUAGUUCCGGCUUAGGAGAAACCAUAUGCUCGGUUUUGGAAGGCAUGGAUCCCCUGAGAGCGAAUUAUUGGACUUGGCGCAAGCAACAGCUGCCUGCUCUUACAUCAUAAAGAAUGCACCGUUUCCCUCCUUUCGCCUUAGUUUGUGGAUUGAUUGAAUUGAUGUGUGCUUGAGCCAUUUUUAUGUCACUAAAGAAAAGAUUCACAGUACUGUAUUCAUAAUUCAAUUGAUCAAGAACUGUAGAUAUGUCGGACGACUAAUACAACAUACCGAUACUCCAAUGAGGGUAUGCCGUCAAGUGAUCUUCACUAGGGCGGGAAUUGGAGGUCAAAAGUUGGCAAUUUUACUUUUGAUAGCGAUAACAAAACUGUUGUUUCUAAUUGAGCCUUGGUGCAAUUCAUCCA